CUGAAAAAAAAACUUACACUAUUUUUCUCUUCUUCUUCUUCUCCAUAGAAGAAAAAACAAAAAUGGAGAUUGUAUCAGUUCCAGUUUCUUCGUGUUCAAAAGAGGAUCAAAAGAUCUACCAAAACUGGUUCAAUUUCGUCGAUUCAGAUGGAGAUGGUCGUAUUACAGGAAAUGAUGCUAUAAAGUUGUUUUCGUUGUCGAAUCUAUCGAGGCCUGAACUCAAGCAGGUUUGGGCAAUCGCCGAUUCUAAACGACAAGGUUUUUUGGGUUUCAAUGAGUUCGUCACUGCAAUGCAGUUGAUCUCCUUGGCACAAGAAGGAUCUGAACUCAGCUCUGAUCUUCUUAGGAGCAAAGCUAAUAUGGAGUUUUUGAGUCCUCCAUCAAUGGAAGGUUUGGAUGCUUUAUUGUCCAAAACUAAUGGGAAGUUGAUGAAAAACAUGAUUGAAACAAAUGGAACUAUACAAGUGCAGCCACCACCACCAAUCAACUUGUUUUCCAGAAAAUCUAGAAAGAAGAUCCAGCCUUCUCUCACUGCUGUUACAUCAGUAACUGAUGGUUUGAAGAGACUGUACAAUGAAAAGUUAAAGCCACUAGAACUUACAUACCGCUUUAAUGAUUUUGCAUCUCCUACUCUGACGGAGAGCGAUUUUGAUGCCAAGCCUAUGGUCAUGCUUUUGGGGCAAUACUCGACCGGAAAAACCACUUUUAUCAAACACUUGCUAAAGUGCAAUUAUCCAGGGGCACACAUCGGACCAGAGCCAACAACCGACAGAUUUAUUGUGGUUACGUCUGGUCCAGAUGAAAGGAGCAUUCCUGGCAACACUAUCGCUGUUCACGCCGACUUGCCAUUCACUGAUUUGACAAAGUUUGGUGGAGCAUUUUUGUCAAAAUUUGAGUGUUCCCAGUUGCCACAUUCUCUCCUUGACCAUAUUUCGUUUGUGGACACUCCUGGAGUUUUAUCGGGAGAGAAGCAAAGGACAGAGAGGAGUUAUGAUUUUACUGGUGUCAUAUCAUGGUUUGCUUCAAAAUGUGACAUGAUACUCCUCUUGUUUGACCCACAUAAACUUGAUAUUAGUGAUGAAUUGAAAAGAGUUAUAUCAUCUUUGAAAGGCCAUGAAGACAAAAUCCGUGUUGUAUUAAACAAGGCAGAUCAAAUUGAUACGCAACAACUAAUGAGAGUUUAUGGUGCAUUGAUGUGGUCUCUCGGGAAAGUUCUGAACACACCUGAAGUUGUGCGAGUUUAUAUAGGCUCUUUCAACGACAAACCUGUUAAUGAAGAAGCUGUUGGUCCUAUAGGAAAGGAUCUUUUCGAAAAAGAACAAGAUGACCUUCUUGAUGACUUAAUAGAUAUCCCAAAGAAGGCUUGUGACCGUCGAAUCAAUGAAUUUGUUAAACGUGCAAGAGCCGCUAAGAUCCAUUCCUACAUAAUUAGCCAUCUUAAGAAGGAGAUGCCUGCAUUGAUGGGCAAGUCUAAAACUCAACAAAAGCUCAUUCAGAAUCUUGACAAUGUAUUCGAAAAGGUCCAGAAAGAGUUCCAUUUACCAGCAGGCGAUUUUCCAAGUGUAGAUCAUUUUAGGGAAGUUUUAAGUCAUUACAGCAUCAAUGAUUUCGAAAAAUUGAAGCCUAAAAUGAUUCAAGCUGUGGAUGGCAUGCUCAGUCAUGAUAUCCCUGAACUUCUGAAGAACUUCAGAAAUCCUUAUGAAUAAAAGCUCUUAAUUUUUUUUUAUCUUAGAUGAAUGAUGAUUCAGAAUGUUAGUUUUUCUCUUGAUGUAUAUUUACUGAAAUUUUGUGCAUUCUUUGCACUGUGAAUCCUUAUUUCAUUCAAUUCAAAGUUUUGAUAAAUUAGCCGUUA